AUGGAAUUCGAGCCUCUCCGCGGCUCAUGCUCCUGCGGCCGAAAUGAAUAUCAAAUCAAUAUUCCAGAAGAUGUGAAAGAUCAUGCUCAAGUGUAUUUCGACAGCAGCCGAGACAAUCGUCGAUUUCACGGUACACCUCUUUCGGCAUGGCUACGAGUGCCUCUUGGCUGGUACCAGUCCCAUACUCAGUCAUUCUUCCCAGAUGAAUCUCACACUUCCAUUCGCCGCACUUUUUCGCCUCGCCAUGCACCCCAGACCCAGCGUGUCUUUUGUGGCUACUGUGGCACACCCUUGACAUUCUGGACGGAAGAUCCCAUUGAAGAAUCUAACUUCAUGUCUAUUACAAUUGGCAGUCUGCUAGCAGAUGACCAGCGUGCACUGGAAGAUUUAAGGUUACUUCCUCAAGAUUUUGACGAGGAAGCCCCCCGUGCUGGUAUUUCGACCUCAUCUGAUCUAGCACCAGCUUCAGAAACAGCUUCGUCUUCUGCCAUCAUUCCGUCUACUGAUGAUUCCCCCAACAUUUCAAGAAGUCUGCAGCACGGCAGGACCGCGGGGAUCCCUUGGUUCGAAGAGAUGGUAGAAGGUAGCCGCUUAGGUCGUUUGAUGCGUUCUCGGCGUGGUAUGGGAGUCAGUGAUGAUCAAUCGACUUCAAUCCAGUGGGAAUUUAGCGAAUGGCAUGAUGAUGGGACUAGUGCGUUCGUGCAGCAGGAUUCGGAUUCCAGUGGACACUCUAGGGGAAAGAGGAAGCGGGUGAACCAGAUUGAUGUUGAGAUUUGA